UUAUUGGAUGCGUCCAAUAUAAUUAUCUUUGUAGUUAUUCUCAAUAUCAAUAAUGCAAGAUGCAUGCAUGGAACUUUAUGCCAUGAUUUUUCACUAUAAAAGUACUCCAAAUAUGACACAAAAAUAAGAUAGCUAAACAUGGCAUCUAUCCCAUCCUCACCUCUCUCACUUAUGUCCUUCAAUGUCUCUUCCAAUUUCAAUACCUCAUCCUCUUUACUAUAUCCAUUUUCCCAAAAACAUCAACCCUCUAAAAAUAGAAAACCAAAGCACCAUCAAAUAACAUGCACUUCCAAUGAUACUAACCAAAAUAGUCCUAAAGAACAAGAACAAAAAUCAUCACCAAGAAGAAAUGUUCUAAUAGGUCUAGGAGGACUUUAUGGUGCUACCACUUUUACAAACAACAACUCACUAGCCUUUGGUGCUCCAGUGCCAAUUCCAGAUCUCACCUCAUGUGUAGUUCCACCAAUAGAGUUACCAGAUGAUAUGAAAAUAAUAAACCCUCCACUCAGUUGUUGUCCACCAUUUUCCUCAGACAUCAUAGAUUUUAAGUUCCCUACUUUUAAAAAAUUAAGGGUAAGACCAGCUGCACAAUUAGUUACUGAUGAUUAUUUUGCAAAAUACAAUAAAGCCCUUGAACUCAUGAGAGCCCUACCAAAUGAUGAUCCAAGAAGUUUUUACCAACAAGCUAACAUUCAUUGUGCUUAUUGUGUUGGUGGUUAUACACAAAAAGGUUACGACGCUGAACUACAAGUUCAUAAUUCUUGGCUAUUUUUGCCUUUCCAUCGUUGGUAUCUUUAUUUUUAUGAGAGAAUCUUAGGUAGUUUAAUCAAUGAUCCUACUUUUGCCAUACCCUUUUGGAAUUGGGAUGCUCCUGAUGGCAUGCAAAUUCCUUCCAUUUUUACAAAUCCAAAUUCUUCCCUUUAUGACCCUAGAAGAAAUCCCACACAUCAACCACCAACAAUCGUUGACCUAAACUAUAACAAAGCUAAUGAUAAGCCUGCUACUAAUCCAAGUGCAGAAGAACAAAUCAAAAUCAACCUUACUUGGAUGCAUAAACAAAUGAUCUCCAACAGCAAGACCAAUAGACAAUUUCUUGGAAGCCCUUAUCGCGGCGGUGACACACCUUUCAAAGGUGCCGGCUCAUUAGAAAAUAUUCCACAUACACCUAUUCAUAUAUGGACCGGUGAUCCAAGACAGCCUCAUGGAGAGGACAUGGGACAUUUCUAUGCCGCCGGAAGAGAUCCACUUUUUUACGCUCACCAUGCAAAUGUGGAUAGGAUGUGGUCUGUUUGGAAAACGUUAGGUAAAAAAAGGAAGGAUUUCACUGACCCGGAUUGGCUAGAGUCUGAAUUUCUAUUUUAUGAUGAGAAUAAGAAUCUUGUUAAAGUGAAAGUCAAGGAUUGUGCUAAUGAUAGAAAGCUUGGUUAUGUUUAUCAAGAUGUUGACAUUCCUUGGAUAAAAUAUAAAUCUAAACCUAGUAGGAGAGUUAAGUCUAAGGAUAAGAAUAAGUCAACCAGAAAAUUGGUUGAUAAGUUUCCUAUUGUUUUGGAUUCGGUUGUGAGUAUCAACGUGACGAGGCCAAAGAAGUCGAGGAAUUCCAAGGAGAAGGAAGAUGAAGAGGAGAUUUUGGUGAUUGAUGGGAUCGAGUAUGAUAACAAAACUGAAGUGAAGUUUGAUGUUAUUGUGAAUGAUGAAGAUGAUAAGGAGAUUGGGGGUGAAAAUACCGAGUUUGCUGGAUCCUAUGUGAGUGUGCUUCAUGUACAUGAUCACGGAAAAAAUAAGAAGAAGAAGAAUAAUAAUAUUGUUACUUGUUUAAGACUUGGAUUAACGGAUUUGUUGGAGGAUUUGAAAGCUGAUGAUGAUGAUAGUAUCGUGGUUACAUUGAUUCCUAGAUACGGUAAUGUCAAAAUUAGUGGCAUCAAGAUAGAGCUUGAAGAUUGAAAAAAUUUAGUGUCAUUUAUGUUGAUAGAGUUUCCUUUUUCUUAUUUUGUUUUCUUGUCAAAUAAAUGGUGCAAUUCCAUCCUCAAGUUGGUGAUUGGUGCAAACGAGGAAAUAUUGUUUUUUAUGAGUAAAUGAGGAAAUAUUGUUAUAUAAGGAUCGAUGAUCCAUUUGUUAAA